UCAUUUUCUCAAGAUUGAAAUAUACAUCUCUUGCGUUUCUCGAAUCUUUAAACUGCAACUGAUGGCGAUUUCGCGUAAUUGAUGAAUUUUGAUAUGCAGUACAGCUUGAUCUCGGAAAAUGAAGCGAAAAGCGAUUCUAAGAAACCGCCAAUUCGGUCUUAAAUGUUUCUGCGGCAGCACUGACAUCGUCCUCAAUUUUAACACUGACGUUCCAUUCUCUCCAGUUGUCAUUACACGCUGUUGAUCGCGCACGAUUCGCGAAAUUCGAAGAUUUCCGCGAGGAAAUUCGCGACGUUAUCAGUCAUGGACGAUGUCCUCGAGAGCUGGGAGCAGAUAGAGGAAUCCAAUGCGCUCGAUAAAAGACUGGAGGCCCUUCAGUUGGACACAGUGGAUGAAGAAAUAGAAUCUUCUAGAUCUAGUCAUGACACAAACACAAGAAUGAUCAUUUUGGGAGAAGAUGGUCUCAGGUCUCAGUAUGUACCUCCAAAGCCUACAGUAAAAAUAUUAAAGAGACCAACUAGAGAUUCACGGGGAGGUGGCGAUGGACCAUUAAAUGACGAUAAACCUAAGCAACCUAUCAAAUCUCUAAAACAGAGAGAGCAGGAAUAUGCGGAAGCGCGAAAAAGGAUUUUGGGAGAGGAAAAGAGUCCGGAGGAAAAAAUGAUGCAGGAGGUCAACAAAAUUCAGUCAAAGUCGAGCAUGCCAAAUGAUGGCAACUAUCCUAGCAAUGUAGUUCGCAUGCCUGCUGGCCCGGACGGUACUCGGGGUUUUAACGUACGCAGGUAGCGCGUCUUCCAAUCGACUUUUUCUACCCACCUUUUUCCUAUUCUUCUUUCUCAUUACCAUGAGGAAGGAGAACGGCUAUGAGGCCGAGCGGAACAGCUGCGCACUCCGAGCAGAAGAAACGGAAGAUCUUCAGGGCUCUGUCCCGCAGAUUAUCAUUAUACGUGGACAUAGGAAUCGAGAGAGAAUGGACUUAUCAAAGCAAAGAUAAAUAUAUAAGAACGAAAAACAAUUAUAUGUAUGUAUGUGUAUGUGUAUGUAUGUAUGCAUGUAUAUACACAUGUAUACAUGUAUGUAUAUACACAUAUAUAAAUCAGAGUUACAUUGUGAGUAAUGCAAUGGGACGGAGACAUGGAUUCGUCACAUGCAAAUGAAAAUGUUUAUUUCAUUUUAUAAACGUGUAAAGUAUUCAAAGUACCUAAUGAAUCGUGUAAUAGGUACUCUUGAAUUGUGUAAUAAAAAAAACACCCUAUGUGUAUAUACACACACACACACACAUUACAUGUGACAAUUCUGUAUGCAAUAUAUUGAGCGUUUUGUUAUUAAAUCAAAGAUACUUUUAAACGAAUUUUU